AUGUCACACAACGCCCAAAAGAAACCAGUCAUCGCGGUUGUCGGCGCCGGCCCAGGUAUAGGCGAAGCCGUAGCUCGCCGCUUCGUGGCCGAAGGCUUCGUCGUCGCCCUCCUCGCGCGAACCGAAGAUAAACUCCAGACCAUGGCCGCCGAAAUCGAGAACGACCACGGCAAAGGUACGGCCCAAUACUACAUCACGGACCUACGUGUCGAAGACUCCGUCAAGUCCAGCUUCGCCAGCAUCAAAGCCGAGCUCGGCCCCAUUAACGUGCUCGUGUACAAUGCGGGCGCACGCAGAGUGAACGGCCGGUCCAUACUCGACACCAGCUCCGAAGAGUUCGAAAACUUCACCAAGAUCAACCUCUUCGGCGCCUUCUGGGCGACAAAGUGCGUGUUGCCGGACAUGCUAGCAGCCGGAAAGGGCACGAUUCUCUUCACUGGCGCGACAGGUGGUGUGCGCGGCAGUCCUGGCCUGUCCAGCUUUUCGCCCGGCAAAUUCGGGCUGCGUUCACUUUCGCAGAUCGUCACGCGCGAGUACCAGGAGAAGGGUAUCCAUUCAGCACAUAUCAUCGUCGACACGCCAGUUGAUGGCAAGUUGAUUGGUGGGUGGUCAAGACGGCAGUGGCAGAGACAUGGCGAGCCCGAGAAGUUGGAGGACGUCGAGUCACAUCUUUCACAACCGGCUGAUCUGGCGCAGAUCUACUGGUUUUUGCAUACUCAGCCACGCAGUACGUGGACUCAGGAAUUGGAUGUGAGGGCGCAGAAAGUUAGCAUGUUUUCAAAGUUGUAG